AUGAGAGGUAGCAAGACCGGCCUCGAGACAAGGAUCAGUCAGAUGCACUGUCCAACCCUGCUCGACAUUGAUGGAUACUCCUGUCAUCACAUCCACAAUGCAGCAAAGAAGUUUGCAGAGCCCUUCGACCACCACCUUGAGCAGCUCUUCAAUGAUCUGCAAACUGAUCAUCAGUGGUCUCCAGAUCAAAGGUUUGUGCCCCAUCGCUGGCUGUCCGCAUAUGAUGUCAGCAUUUCGACACACAGAAUGCUGCCGGCUUACAAGGUCCUGUACUACGGGUUCCUGAGCAACGGAAACCAGGAGCUGUACAAGGACCCACUGGAACACAUUUAUAAAGAACACCACGUGAGCGAGAAGGCACAAAGGAUAGCCCAGCAGGGACCUACAGCAGCUAUGGAGGACCAGCUCAGCUGUCCCGUCUGCUUUGAGUUCUUCCAGGACCCAGUGAGUCUGAAAUGUCAACACAGCUUCUGCCGCAGCUGCCUGGAAACACCAAGAUGGAUUCAACAAAAGCAGCGUGAGUGCCCUGUCUGCAGGCGAAGGCAUUCCAUAGACAAUAUCCAGCCCGCCAUGUCCAAUAUGAAACUGAGAAACAUAGUGGAGGCCUACCUGCAAAGAGAAGAGAAGGAGGGGAGUGAGGGAAGAGCAGUGGGUCUUGUGGUGUGCGCCAGGCAUAAUAAGAAGCUCAGGUUGUUUUGUGAGGAAUGUGAGGAACUUGUUUGUGCUGUGUGUGUGGAGACCGAGUGGCAUGCCAAGCAUAAACACCAGCCAGUGAAGGAGGAAGCGCAGUGGCGUAAGAGGGAACUCACUUCAUUGCUCUACAACCUUCCUGAGAAACUGGAACUGGACAUAAAGCAAGCGAGAGCCUCAAGAGCGCAUGCAGCACAAUACAUCAAGACCCAGGCCCAAACCACAGCAGGACAGAUCAAGAGUGAGUUUGCGAAGCUCCACCAGUUCCUGAGAGUGGAAGAGGAGGUCAGACUGGCAGCUUUGAAACAGGAGGAGGGGAUGAAGACAGGGUUACUGACCGAGAGGAUCACCCGUCUUGCCAGUGACAUGGCCUCACUCUCCGGGAGGAUCGCAGACAUACAGACCAAGAUGAAGACAGAUGACAUCUCAUUUCUGCAGAUGUACAAGGACUUGAAAGACAGGGCCAAGUGUAGAUUGCAGGAUCCAGAGCCUGUAAAGGGGGCACUGAUAGACGUGGCCCAACACUUGGGAAACCUGAGGUUCAAGGUCUGGAAGAAGAUGCAGGAGAUGGUGCAAUACACCCCUGUGACCCUGGAUGUGAAUUCAGCCCACCCUGAUCUACUGAUCUCUGGGUUCCUCCUGGAGGUGAGUGACAGACGGGCAUCCCAGCCUGUGCCUGAUAACGCUGAGCGAUUUGACAGCUCAGUGAGCGUGCUGGGCUCUGAAGGCUUCUACUCAGGCAUUCACAGCUGGGAGGUGGAGGUGGGGCCUAAGAAGGCCUGGACCCUGGGCGUGGCCAAAGAGGGCGUAUCCAGGAAGGGCAAUGUGAUGGUCAGCCCAGAUGGUGGGAUCUGGGCGAUGAGGCUAUGGAAUGGGGUGGAGUAUAGCGCCGGAACCGCCCCCCUGGGUACUCCUUUGGUCCUGAGUAGGAAACCCCAGAAGGUCAGGGUCAAGCUGGACUAUGAGAAAGGAGAGCUGUCCUUCUAUGACUCCAGUGACAUGUCACUCAUCUAUACGUUCGAACAGAGUUUCACAGAGAGACUGUUCCCCUACUUCUCUCCCUGUCUGAACUCUGAUGGCACUAACCCUGGAGUACUGAGUAUCUGCCCUGAGAAGGUGUUUGUGACUGUGACACCUGCUCACUAAGGAUAUUAUCUGGUGAUACUACUUUACGAUCAAAUACAGAAGUGUCUGCAUUGGUAAAGUCUGUCACGGUGACUCCUGGGUAUUGACUUUGUCUGUCUAUUGUUUUGUCUAUUGGUGUGGAAAUUCUCAGCUCCAAUGGUGGCAGUGAUGUCUGUGACACCCAUGUCUAUUCCGAAACUUUGUCUGGAGCAUGUCAUCUUUCCUGUUAAUACAUUUAUUGAGUGAAAGUGUCAUGAAUUCCCUACUUCUUGGUGUUAUGUUCAAUAAAAGUACACUCUUAGAAAAAAAAGAGUUCCAAAAGGGUUCUGCGGCUGUCCCCAUA